GAACUACAUACAGACAAAACUGUGCUGCUAACUUGCGCAAAUCAGCUGCGUCGCUUUGGCAAAUAUUUUCAAUCACACCAAAAAAAUAAAAUGGGAGAAGUAAAGCCUGUAAAAAUGGAUAAUUGGGCGCCAAGCGAUUCAGCAACAGUGUUUGCGGAUGGGGAGCGAGUGCUCUGCUUCCAUGGACCGCUUAUCUAUGAAGCUAAAGUGCUCAAAACAAAACCUGAAACUACGCCGGUUGAGUACUAUAUACACUAUGCGGGCUGGAGCAAAAACUGGGAUGAGUGGGUGCCUGAGAGUCGUGUGCUGAAAUACAAUGACGAAAACGUUAAGCGGCAAAAGGAAGUGUCACGACAAUACGGCGAACGUUCCAAAAAGGACAACAAAAAGGGCAAUGCAAAGACUAAGAAAAUGGAACAAGUGGGCAAUGAAUCGCGAGCCUCGACGCCGUCCAAAGAUGGCAACACAUCGCUGCCGCAUAAAGAAAGUGCUAACAGUAGCAGCUCAGCUACUUCAACACCCGUCAGUGCUGCCACUACGCCGGCAACUUCAACAACCAAAAAUGACAGCAGCAGCAACAAUAAUAGUAGCAGCAACACCACGACAACAACAACGACAACGACCACAACAAGUCGCAGCAAUCGCAAAUCCACACAGGCAGCAACACGUCCCGGCACACCAAAUGCUGACAACAACAGGAAAGAAGAUGCACCAGCUGCUACCGCUGCUGCUGACAGUAGCAAGCAAGAAGAGGAGGAGCCAAGUGCCGCGCCAGCAGCUCCGAAAACCAAACGCAUGAGCUCGCACAGCAGCAGCAGCAGCGACCAACAGCGGACAACAGCUUCGACAGCUAGCAAUGGUGGCGACGUAAGCGUGACAACAACAACAACCUCCCAACAACAGGCAACAACAGCUGCCUCUGCAGCAUCAGCAGCCACUGAGGCGCCUUGCGUGGAGAGCGAGGAAACGUAUACGGCUAAACUAGAGGUGAAAAUCAAAAUACCCGAUGAACUGAAGCAUUAUCUAACUGACGAUUGGUAUGCGGUGGUGCGCGAGCACAAACUUCUGGAACUGCCUGCGAAGGUGACGGUGCAACAGAUAACCGAACAGUAUUUGGCGCACAAAAAAUCGGUGAAGUCGACAAAUGCCAGCAAAGAGGUCGCCAUCAACGAUGUGCUCGAUGGCAUCAUAGAGUACUUCAAUGUAAUGCUUGGCUCCCAGUUGCUUUAUAAGUUUGAGCGCACUCAGUAUGCAGAUAUUAUGCAAAAGCAUCCGGACACGCCGCUCUCGGAGAUGUAUGGCUCAUUUCAUUUGUUGAGACUUUUUGUGCGUCUGGGUUCCAUGUUGAGUUACUCCGCUCUGGAUCAGCCAGCGAUGCAAACGUUGCUGUCGCAUUUACAUGACUUUCUGAAGUUUCUGGUGAAGAACAGUGCCAUGUACUUUAGUAUGUCGAACUUUAUCAAUGUAGAUCCGGAAUAUGUGCGAAAUGCUCAGUGA